GAGACUGAUCCAGUGUCAAGUUGUUCUCGACCGUUCGUACCUCCCCGUACGGCAGUGCUAAAAAUCUCACCUGCGCCGCCAUUUUAGCAAAGUUUGUUCCUCGUUUUCAGCGAAGUCAACUGUGGAAAAUCGCUCGUGCAGCCCUAGCGCAACAAAGCGGAAACGAAAAAGGAGAAGAAAAGAGCAACUCAUCAGCGAGCCACCAUCACCACCCAGGCAAAGUACGUUCUCCGCGAGUGAAAAAGGAAACCCCUCAGAAAAGGUACCGUGUGCGCGAAUCAAUAAUGGUGAAGGAGACGGGAUUUUACGAUGUGCUCGGCGUAAAGCCUGGCUGCUCCCCGGAGGACCUGAAGAAGGCGUACAGAAAGCUCGCGAUGAAGUACCAUCCGGACAAAAACCCGAACGAGGGCGAGCGCUUCAAGGCGAUCUCGAUGGCGUACGAGGUGCUGUCCGAUCCGGAAAAGAAAGCGAUCUACGACGAGGGCGGCGAGGCGGCCAUCAAGCAGGGCGGUGCGGGCGGGGGCGGCUUCCACAGCCCGAUGGACAUCUUCGACAUGCUGAUCAACGGCGGAAUGGGCGGCGGGCGGAGGGAGCAGCGCGGCCGCGACCUGGUGCACCGGCUGACCGUGACGCUCGAGGAGCUGUACAGUGGCGCAACCCGGAAGCUGUCCCUGCAAAAGAGCGUUAUCUGUGAUGGGUGCGACGGCAUCGGCGGCAAGCGGGGUACCGUGCACAAGUGCGUCCCCUGCAACGGUACGGGCAUACUGACGAAGGUGCACCACAUCAUGCCCGGCUUCAUGCAGCAGAACAAAGUGCCGUGCCGCGCCUGCCAGGGACAGGGCGAGGUGUUCGACGAGAAGCACAAGUGCAAAAAGUGCGACGGCCAGAAGAAGGUGCGCGACAAGAAGAUACUGGACGUGCACAUCGAGAAGGGUAUGCGCGACGGGCAGAAGAUCGUCUUCAGCGGCGAGGGCGACCAGGAGCCGGGCCUGCAACCGGGCGACAUUGUGAUAGCGCUGGAGGAGAGACCGCAUCCGGUGUUCAAGCGCUCCGGCAAGGAUCUGAUGAUGGAGAUGCGGCUCGAGCUGUCCGAGGCGCUGUGCGGCUUCCAGAAGGUCAUUACCACGCUCGACAAGCGCAGCCUCGUCAUCACGUCGAUGCCGGGCGAGGUGAUCAAGCAUUCCGCGUUCAAGUGCAUCAUGGACGAGGGCAUGCCGCAGUGGAAGAACCCGUUCGAGAAGGGGCGGCUCAUCAUGCAGUUCCGCGUGGUGUUCCCGGACUCGCUGCCGGGCGAGGCGGCCAAGCUGCUGGAACAGUACCUGCCCCCGAAGCCGGCCGAGGAGAUCCCGCAGGACGUGGAGAUGGUCGAGCUGGUCGAGCUGGAUCCGGAGCAGGAGUCCCGCAACCAGUACAAGAACGCGUACGAGGAGGACGAGGAGGACGGCGGCACCCCAGGCGUGCGGAUUCAGCAGUGCGCGACCAGCUAAAUGCGCUGCCCCGCCCGCUCCAAGGACACCAUCUUUCCUUUCCCCCUCCCCUCCCUUCCCACCAUCCAUCCAGCCUUCCUCCCUGUUUUUUGACCAUUGUGUCGUGUAGCUGUUAGCAGUUGGUGACGUGUGCAAAUGGCAUCAUUGACGGCGCGCGCUCUUUCCUGUCUUUUCAAAGCGCUGCUCUGGCGCCGUGUGUUUUUUUCCGGCAAAACCACCACCACCACCAACCUCCUUCACUCCUCAACAUCAACAACAAGCACACGCGGGCGUCCCAGCGACGUAGUUUACGGAAGAAGAGGAAAGAGAGAGCACGAGCGACUGUGGUACAAUAGGGAGCGCAGCAAGCUGUGUGGAGCAAACAUAGGAAACAAAUUGUCAGCUCACUGUCCAGCAAGGGGAGAGCAGCUGUAAAAUCACACGACUACACAAACCAAGGCAAGACAAGCAGCGCAGACAGGAGGGGAACAAAAAUUAUACCAACGGUACAGAACAACUUGAGAGGGAAAGGGGGGGGGGGGAACAAAUAGCGCAACCUACGGGUACGUACGCGCGCGCACGUAUUCCCUUUUUUCGCGGAAUGAAGCAUAAUAAAUUAUUAGCACAUCAAUCUGGAUGAAAGGUUAAACACACAAACAAGAAACACUACCGGCAGGCUGAAAACUCUCAACCCCAAAAGAAACGAAACAAAACCCCCCUGACUGCGUUGUGCAAAUUCACUUACUCUGCAAAGCAAAUGAGAACAACCCUUACAACCCAGCCCCCGAGAGAAUUGAAGGAAAUUGAACGCUUUAGUGUGGAUGUGGUGAUAUAUUUAGGAGGAGCAGAGGUCGAUCGGGAAGGCAGGAGAGGACGGUCAAGGUAGGAUUAGCUUCGCUUUUUUAAGCCACUUUUGAGGCGAUUUAUUAGUUGAAGUCGCUGUAAACAGGGAAACUUGACUACAUAUAACUAAUCUUGCCCUUAAGAUGGUGGCGCACCGUACGGCGGAAGUACCGUUACCCUAACCUCUCUACUCGCAAGUAAACACACACACACACAGGCACAAUAUAUACGCUUUACUCUCUAACACUACGGCACUAGAGCUGAAGACAGGGCACCCCUCGCAACACCAUUCCUUAACUUUGACGCGUGAGUAGGCUAUGAUGAACCGUAUGAGCCAGAAGGGAAACGUAGGUGCUACGCUUCCGGGAAUUAUUUAUACUCCAUCUCUUCGCCGACCUUGACCUUCGCGCUCAUCUGACGCCGUGCAGGGCUGUAUCUGUCCACUCGCUCCCUUUCCACCUACCCCCGUCAAGUGUGGAUUAGUUUUUACGCCCCGUUUCGGGUGAGCCUCAAAAAUUUUGGUUUAAAAUAGUUCAUUUUCAAAUUUACCCACACUCCAUCCAACCAACCCGCUUCCUGCAGCAAAGGUAAUGUGCGCUCGGUAAUGUAAAAUAGUGUACCACACAUUCGAAACUAAAUUCCCCCCUGUACGUGUUUCAUAAAGAAGGAAGCGAAAUAAAAUUUCAUGUAG